AUGUCUAGUGAUUUCCAAAGCAAUUUAGGGGACGUCACCUCUUACAUAUGCUUCCUCCAUUUGCUCAUUCAUCAUGUUGAUGAUGUGAAGCACCUCAAGGAAAAAUUCAUACUUGAAAACUCACUCAGGAGUGAGGAGGAUGUGGCUCAACUCUUCAAGGAGAGGGGCAUUCAAUUUGUACCUAACAAUGACAUUUACCGCAUUGUUAAAACCAAAAUAGAAGAUCACUGCACAACUAAGUGGAAGACAUGA